AUGCAAGCGUCGGAGCAAGAACCCACUCUGGGGAGUGUCAUGAAAUUUGCGGGUGAGAACCUUGGAAAUAUCCAUGCAUUCAACGGACUUCCUUUCUUCUCUGAGAGCGGUCGGCGCUGGAUUAAAGCAUGCUCUGGUGAAGAACUUACUCUGCAAUAUCGACCUGCUCCCGAUGACUCUUUUUGGCAAUCCCCAGUCAUUGGAAUUAAUAUGGACGCCUAUGCAAACCCAUCUUCGCCUCUUAGUCUGCCGAGUAUCAGUUCACUGCGAGAAGAUAUUUCCACUUAUCGAAAAUCGGACUUUUCUCUGUUCUUCCCUGUCAUUGAUUCUUCUCUGUUUGAGGACACCAUCAAGACAGUCUACCAGAGCGGAAAUUCCUUGGCAUCGCCCGAAAUAAUCAGCGCCAGGGCAUGUGUCUUUGCAUUUUCAGCAAUGGUUUCCAUCAUGAUUCGCAAAACUAAAGGCUCGGCGCAAAUUCUCGAGGAGCAAUAUACUCGGGAGUCAUAUCGCCUACUGGCACCAACUCUGAACAAGAUUGUUAACGUGGAGGGGCUUCAAACGCUGGUCAUACUUGGCAUCUGUUCUCAGGCUAUUGCCGGUGAGCUUCUCGUAAUAUACAAUCUCUUGACAAGUGCCACGAGAUUCGUCUAUCGUUUAAAGGCGCAUAUUGAUCCUACUUUGUUGUACAAUGAACCAACCCGAUCUCAGUGUCACCUGAGGAACUUAUUCUGGGUGACAUACUUAUGCGAUAAAGCGAUUACACUCGGUACUGGGCUACCACCUAUGCUUGCUGAUUCAAACUGUGAUCUCAUCUUACCUACGAAACCAUCAAGCACAGUGGAAGGACUCCAAUGGUCCGGCAAUCCAUGCCCUGGUUCCUUCUUCCACACUGCUAUUAGACUUUCCAUCCUUCACGCACGGAUUUAUCAAGAGCUAUACUCGCCAAUCUCUCUGCGUCAAUCUAAUGCCAACUUACUGAAGAGCAUUCGAGACUUGGACCAUGAGGUUCAUGAAUGGAGUGAAUCUAUUCCAUCAAACAUACGGCCGUCAAUGCUACCAAAGAACCAAGCACCGGAAAGUGUCGACAUGCGCACCACUGUCUUCCAGUUGCAGUACCACCACUGUAUGGUCAUGAUUCAUCAGGCCAGUAGUCGGUGCUCUUCCUGGGUUGAAAAUCAGGAUACCCGGGGUAUGUACUCUAGUCUUGCCAUCUCUGUGGCUGCUAGCAGGUCUUUAUUACACAAGUUUCUGGACUACCAGAUGGAACUUGAUUCUCAUAAUCUUCUAUUCUCACUUUCUUACGUGAUUCAUGCUAUUGUGAUCCUCUUCUGCAAUAUCUUGACCAAACCUCUGGACCCUGAUAAUAUACAAGACCUGCGCCUUAUCUGCGCGACUCCCAAGCUACUCAAAGAGGUGCAUGAGCGUUCAAUCGAACGUAACAACUCCACAAGUAUCGAUUUUACAGAGGAUUUUGGUGUGGAACUGAGACGAAUCGCUCAGGCAGCGAUUGAAAAGGCACUUCGGGAUAUUGGACGUGGCGAUGAACUGUAG